CUGGAACAUCUAGGUCAACUUUUGUUUCCCAUUUAGUGGGUAAAAGACUGAAGACCCUCCUCCCUGCACGCAUGGCUUUCUCAAAUUACAGCAGUUUGAAUCGUGCCCAGCUAACCUUUGAGUAUCUGCAUACCAACUCAACUACUCACGAAUUCUUAUUUGGUGCUCUUGCUGAAUUGGUUGAUAAUGCCAGAGAUGCUGAUGCCACUAGAAUUGAUAUUUAUGCAGAGUAAGUUAAAUAAAGGCGAGAGGACCUUCGAGGAGGAUUUAUGCUUUGCUUUUUGGAUGAUGGAGCAGGGAUGGAUCCAAGUGAUGCUGCCAGUGUGAUCCAGUUUGGGAAGUCUGCCAAGCGAACACCUGAAUCCACCCAGAUUGGGCAGUAUGGGAAUGGGUUAAAAUCGUAAGUAUUCUUAGAUAAUUGGGCUCAAUUGCGCAUUGGGAAGGAUUUCAUCCUCUUCACUAAGAAGGACGAUACCAUGACUUGCCUCUUUCUAUCUCGUACAUUUCAUGAGGAAGAAGGCAUUGAUGAAGUGAUAGUUCCAUUACCUACCUGGAAUGCUCAGACCCGGGAUCCUAUCACAGACAACGUGGAGAAGUUUGCCAUUGAGACAGAACUCAUAUAUAAGUACUCUCCUUUCCACAGUGAGGAGGAAGUAAUGACCCAAUUUAUGAAGAUUCCAGGGAACAGUGGAACACUGGUGAUCAUCUUCAAUCUCAAACUCAUGGAUAAUGGAGAGCCAGAGCUGGACAUAGUCUCAAAUCCAAGAGAUAUCCAGAUGGCAGAAACUUCCCCAGAGGGCACGAAGCCAGAGCGGCGCUCGUUUCGUGCCUAUGCUGCCGUGCUCUAUAUCGAUCCACGAAUGAGGAUCUUUGUCCACGGGCACAAAGUUCAAACCAAGAGACUCUCCUGCUGUCUUUACAAACCCAGGAUGUACAAGUAUACAUCAAGCCGUUUCAAGACCCGUGCAGAGCAGGAGGUGAAGAAAGCUGAGCAUGUAGCACAAAUUGCGGAAGAGAAGGCACGGGAGGCAGAGAGCAAAGCUCGAACUUUAGAAGUACGCUUAGGUGGAGACCUCACCCGGGACUCAAGGGUGAUGUUACGACAGGUUCAGAACAGGGCCAUUACUCUGCGCAGAGAAGCUGAUGUCAAGAAGCGAAUCAAAGAGGCCAAACAGAGAGCACUUAAAGAACCUAAGGAACUGAAUUUUAUUUUUGGGGUCAAUAUUGAACACCGUUACCUGGAUGGUAUGUUUAUCUAUAAUUGUAGCCGCCUAAUCAAGAUGUAUGAGAAAGUGGGCCCACAGCUGGAAGGAGGCAUGGCAUGUGGCGGAGUUGUUGGAGUUGUUGAUGUGCCCUAUUUGGUCCUGGAACCUACACAUAACAAACAAGACUUUGCUGAUGCCAAGGAGUACCGGCACCUACUGCGGGCAAUGGGAGAACACUUGGUGCAGUACUGGAAGGAUAUUGCUAUUGCCCAGCGAGGAAUCAUCAAGUUUUGGGAUGAGUUUGGCUACAUUUCUGCCAACUGGAGCCAGCCCCCAUCCAGUGAGUUGCGUUACAAACGUCGGAGAUCUAUGGAAAUUCCAACCACAAUUCAAUGUGAUUUGUGCCUGAAGUGGCGAACCCUCCCCUUUCAACUGAAUAGUGUGGAAAAAGAGUACCCUGACACCUGGGUUUGCUCCAUGAACCCUAAUCCUGAGCAGGAUCGAUGUGCGGCUUCUGAACAGAAGCAAAAGGUUCUGGGAACAUUUAGAAAGGACCUGAAGACACAAGAAGAGAAACAGAAGCAGCUGAAAGAGAAAAUUCGCCAGCAGCAGGAGAAACUGGAGACUCUUCAGAAAACCACAUCCAUACGCUCCCAAGCUGACCUGAAGAAAUUGCCUUUGGAAGUAACCACUAGACCUUCCACUGAGGAACCUCCACGUAGACCUCAACGUCCUCGGUCACCCCCUUUACCUGCUGUGAUCAAGAAUGCCCCAAGCAGACCCCCUUCACUCCAUACUCCCAAGUCAGCCAUCCAGACUCGAAAGACCACUGCUCUUAGCAGUUCUCCAAAACCGCCUGCCCCCACACCACCCCGGGAAGAGGCCAGUACAUCAAAGCUGCUCCAGCCUCCUGAGGCAGCUCGAAAGCCUGCUAACAUUGUAGUUAAGAUUCCAACCCGAUCCACACCUGGGGUGCAGCCGCUAACACCAUCUGUGCUGCCCAAUUCCAAGAGUCCUCGGGAGGUCCCUGCACCCAGAAUUAUCAAGGUUCCAGUGGUCAAGAAACCAGAACCACCCAAUAAAAUAUCUGUGGCUACUUCUUCUGGGCGGAAGCGAACUUUUAUAGUCUCUGAUGAAGAGGAAGCUGAUAAUGAAGCUGACAGAAGGAAGGAGAGGCCCAAGCGGGGCAAAUUACUGUAAAAAGAGGAAAAGAUGGAUUCAAAUGAGCUCUCAGAUAGUGCUGGGGAAGAGGACCCAGCUGAUCUCAAGAGUGCUCAGAAAGGUGAGAAAGGGGAGAUAAAGGGACUGCACGUGGAGGUACGUGUGAACAGGGAGUGGUACACUGGCCGUGUCACAGCUGUGGAAGUGGGCAAGCAUGCAGUACGGUGGAAGGUGAAGUUUGACUACGUGCCCACAGAUACAACACCAAGAGACCGCUGGGUAGAGAAAGGCAGUGAGGAUGUUCGGCUAAUGAAGCCCCCUUCUCCGGAGAAUCAAAGUCCUGAUACACAGCAGGAGGGAGGGGAAGAGUUUAGAGCAACUGUUGCCCAGGAGAAUGUAGCUAUGGCAGAACAGCCCUCCACUUCGAGUGUGUCCCGCAUUGAACCUGACACCACUGCCCCUAACAUCAACCAUGAGACCAUUGAUUUGCUAGUUCAGAUCAUCCGGAAUUGUUUACUGUAUUUCCUACCUCCAAAUUACCCUGUCUCCAAAAAAGAGCUGAGCACUAUGAAUGCGGAUGAGCUGAUAACAUUCCCUCUGAAUGAGUACCUCAAGCAGUAUGAAGUUGGACUCCAGAAUCUGUGCCAUUCCUACCGAAGCUGUGCUGAGCAACGGGCCGAAGCUGCUGAGGCGAACCUACGUAUAUCUCAGAGGAAGCUCAGGGAGACAGAAGAGAAGCUGCAGAAGCUGAGGACUAAUAUCGUGGCGCUUUUGCAAAAGGACAUAGACAUCAACACAGAUGAUGAGCUGGAUGCCUACAUCGAGGAUCUGAUCACCAAGGGGGACUAAGAGUUUUGGAGCCAGAGAUCAGCUCUCUCAAGGCAGAGUGCCCCUGAGGGAUGGGAAGGGGUGUGUUUCAUUUACUGGUUGGUGG